AUGAUCAGGCUCGUCAUACUUCUACAGGCUCUGGCGCUCUCUUCAUCAGGUAACCAUCACAAUAACCUUAAAAACGAACCUCGUCAGACUUUAACAGGUAACCUGGUUCUUUUACUUUUUUCUCACAGAACUCUCAAAGAACAAAGUUGAUCAGACUCCGACAGCGCUGAUCAAACGCCCUGGAGAAACAGUCCUGCUGAGCUGCAACCAUUCCAACCCCAGUUUUGAUAUGAUCCAGUGGUACAAACAGUCGGCUGAGGGACAGGACUUGGUUCUGCUCGCCUUUGUGCGAUUCUCUUAUAGAGAUGUUGAAGACCAGUUCGAAGAUCUGUACAACGUGAGCGGGACAGGUGGAAGUCAGUCGAGUCUUCACAUUUUAAAGCUGAACGGAUCAGAGGAGAGAGCUGUGUAUUUCUGUGCCGCCAGUGAUGCACAGCGCUGCAGAAACCCUCAACCUUGA